GCUCUGGCUGAGGCUGCCUCCUGUCCUCACAGUGCAGGAGCUGUCGGUUGGUUGGAGAGGUGGUGUUCGGCACUGGUGAAAGAAAGAGUUGACUUGGACUUUCGGGAGCUGUUGGACCCCGACAUUGAAUUUGUAUUGAUAAACAGUCUGGGCCUGAUUUGGACUGUUUGUAAUUCCCCAUUGAGAGUUUGGUUCUAGCCGUAUCGACGAGGACCUGACCAUGGAGCAGGGCAGGGAGGCCCACUGCUCUGCUGAGGAGACCUUGACCGCUGACUAUAAGAUGAUGAUGACCCUGGGCCAAGGACAGUUUUCAGAGGUUAAAUUGGCCUUUCAUGUGCCCACAGUAUCCUGUGUGGUUGUAAAAAUUCUUAGAAACAAGAAGAAGUAUGCCUCAUUUAUCAACAGUGAAGUCAGCAUCAUGAAAUCCCUUGCCCAUGCCAACAUCAUUAAAUUGUUUCAUGUGGUCCACAUUGGAGAGACCACCUACCUGGUGAUGGAGCAUGCAUCAGAGGGAGACCUGCUGCAUCACAUCCUGGAACUGGGGUCCUUAGAGGAGAGCGAGGCUCGAAGGUUGUUUAUCCAGAUAUUGCAUGCAGUGCAGUACUGUCACGAUAACUCUAUUGCUCACAGAGACAUUAAGGCCGGGAACAUCCUCCUGGACUGCAGGGGUAAUGCCAAGCUGGGCGAUUUUGGCCUUUCGGCUAAGGUCAUCCCUGAGCAGAAAUUUAGUGAUUUCUGUGGUACUCUAUAUUACUGCGCCCCAGAACUCUUUGGAGAGGAGGCCUAUGAUGGCCGUGCCACUGAUAUUUGGAAUUUAGGUGUGCUCCUCUUCCUCAUGGUCGUCGGGCACUUUCCCUUCAGAGAUAGCUCUGUUGCAGGGGUGAAACAGCAGAUCCUUGCCGCAAACUUCAAGGUGCCUCCACAUGUUUCCAUCGACAUUUUCAAUGUCAUCGUCGAACUGCUGGUCAUCAACCCUGGCAGGAGGCCCACCAUAGGCCAAAUCAUGAGGCGCCCCAUGGUCAGGAACAGUGAGGCUCGGUCACCACCUACUUCCACACAGCUCUCCCAGGCACCCCAAGCCCUAGCAUUGUCAAGGCCAUGACAGUCAUGGGGUAUAAAUCUGAAGAAAUCAUUGAGUCUCUGAGAGACCAGAAAUACAACCAGGUGAUGGCCACUUACCUAAUUCUACAGCACCAGUCACCUGGGGGAGACUGCUACCAUCAC